AUGAGAGAAGUUAUUUCAGUCAACGUCGGUCAAGCUGGUUGUCAAAUUGGUAACAGUUGUUGGGAAUUGUACUCGAGAGAACAUGGUAUAACGCCAGAAGGUUAUCUAGAAGAAGGUUUAACCAAACCAAGAGGUGGUGAAGCUGGAUUUUCCACCUUUUUCAGUGAAACCGGUAAUGGCAAAUUUGUUCCAAGAGCUCUAUACGUUGAUUUAGAACCAAAUGUUAUUGAUGAAGUUAGAACUGGUAAAUAUAAAAAUUUAUUUCAUCCUGAGCAACUGAUCAAUGGCAAAGAAGAUGCCGCAAACAACUACGCAAGAGGUCAUUAUACUGUGGGCAGAGAACUGUUGGAUGAUGUCAACGACAGAAUUAGAAAAAUGGCAGAUCAAUGUGAUGGUUUACAAGGUUUUUUAUUUACUCAUUCUUUAGGAGGUGGUACCGGUUCGGGUUUAGGUUCGUUACUGCUAGAGCAGUUUUCAGAAGAUUAUGGUAAAAAGGCGAAAUUGGAAUUUGCCGUUUAUCCAUCACCGAAAGUUAAUGCUAGUGUUGUUGAGCCUUACAAUACAGUCCUAACCACUCAUACUACUCUAGAAAAUGCAGAUUGUACUUUUAUGGUUGACAAUGAGGCAAUAUAUGAUAUUUGCACCAAGAACUUAGGCAUUGUAAGACCAAGCUUCAAUAACUUAAAUGCCUUGAUCGCACAAGUGGUGUCCUCUGUCACUGCUUCACUAAGAUUUGAUGGUUCAUUAAAUGUGGACCUUAACGAGUUCCAAACUAAUUUAGUUCCAUAUCCAAGGAUCCAUUUCCCAUUAGUUUCCUAUGCUCCUGUGAUUGCAAAGAAUAGAAUUACCCAUGAAUCUAAUUCAGUCAAUGAGAUAACGAGCGCUUGUUUUGAGCCAAGUAAUCAAAUGGUUAAAUGCAAUCCAAAGAAUGGUAAAUAUAUGGCGAAUUGUCUGUUGUAUAGAGGUGAUGUUGUUAACAAAGAUGUUCAAAACGCAGUUGCAACUGCAAAGGUGAAAAAAGGUGUUCAAAUGGUUGAUUGGUGUCCAACUGGUUUUAAGAUUGGUAUCUGUUAUGAAAAGCCUACACAAUCGCCGGACUCUCAGAUGGCAAAUGUUGAUAGGGCCGUAUGUAUGCUUUCAAACACAACCGCUAUUGCAGAUGCUUGGAAGAAGAUUGACGAAAAAUUCGAUUUGAUGUAUAGAAAGAGAGCCUUUGUGCAUUGGUAUGUCAGUGAGGGUAUGGAAGAGGGAGAAUUUGCCGAAGCAAGAGAAGAUUUGGCUGCAUUAGAGAAGGAUUACAUGGAUCUUGGUGCAGAUACUUUUGAUGAUGGUUACUAA